AUAUAUUUUCGGUCUUAUCACAAUAAUAAAUAAAAACACGUACAACUUGGGCUGAUCUGACGAAGUUGCAGUUCUCCGUGCAAUAUAUUUAUUUUUACCAUCUUUGAAAAUGGACGAUAAUCCCAAAAGCAAGCCGGAGGGUGGCGAACCCGAUGCUGGAUCCACGUCGGGGACUUCCAAAACUCCAAAGCAGAUUUAUUUCGAGCUUCUCCGCGCCUGGGUUCAACACGCUCAGAUGCAACAGCAAAUCCAGGCCUUUUUCCCAUACUAUCUGAUGAACAACUAUCCACAGUUGUUCCAAGCAAAUGGUCAGUUCCCAAACGGGAGCACAGCUGGAAGUGGAGUGGCGCUGGUUGCUGGACAGACCGCAGCGAACGGAACGGGUACUGCUGUGGUCGCUGGCAACCAAAAUCAGGUUCAGGCACAGAAUGCUAACCAGAGAAGAGGGGCCGAAACGCUGGAUCCUGCUCGUCAGGAGGAAAUAAUCAAUCGAAACGGUGGCUACGAGUAUGUAAUUGCUCCCCUAUGGAAGCGUUUCGUAGCGGAGGCGAUCGAUAUAAUUAUAAUAUUCUUACUGAAAGUGAUGACAACGAUGGCAUUUAUUGAUUUCUUCGACAUAAAUCUACUAGACAUCGACUUCGAUGCGAUCCGGAACUCGAUCGAGGAGGAUUACACGGAAUUGUUGCAUUUCACCUCGGAGUUGAUUUUCCUCGAGAUAAUAAUUAAGCUUGCGGUUUGCGUGUACGAAACGAUGUGGACAAUUCACGGCCAGGGACAAAUCGGAGGCGCAACGCCGGGCAAAAUGCUGAUGGGAAUCCGAAUUGUGCACGUUGAGGCCGUUGUGCUGUUGGAACCACCACAGCCUGGUUUUAUGUUGAAUAAUCAGAACCCAAUAAAGGCACUGCUGUAUCCGGCCACAAAUCCAGGAUUUAAACGCGCUCUAUGUCGUUCGGUAGCUAAGAAUGCACUGAUUGUGCUUUUCUUCCCGAUGUGUUUCCUCAUGUUUUUCAAGCACAAUCGGACCAUGUACGAUAUUCUUACCAAAACGAUUGUGGUCGAGGAUAAUCCGGCACCGGUGUUGCGACGGCGCUAGGUCAUCGUGGGUUCUACUGAUCAUUUAGCAACGUAUUUUGGAAUUUGUAUUUGAUGAAUUUUAAUAUAUUGUGGAAGAGUAUUGUCGGCAAAUAAAAUGGGACUGCGGGACUGUCUUGUAUGAUUGAUUUGUUAACUACUUCUUGUGAUAAUGAACAUGUAUGUUUUGUAGAAUUCAUUACCAAACAUUUAAGUGAUGAAAUAAAUUUCCUUAAAGUGCG